GCCUCUCAGUCCGCUCUCCUGCCGGCCCGACCCGACCCGAUCCUCUGUCCGGCCACAAAGACCCCCGCCGACUCCCGGGACACACGAGGGGGAAUUAGCUGGGACACGACGAGGAAGGGGGGGAGAACAACUGCCUGAACAUUGUUGGGAGAUAAGCCGCCGGUCGCAUUGCAGCAUCUCACAUACUCUCUCCAUAUGCAGCUACCUUUUUCCUUCCCUUUUUCUCGCACGUUGUUCUCCAUGGAAACAUGUAAAAAUCACUCAGCGCCCUUCUGAGCACAACCAGCGGGCUGGGCGCACGCAACGGGACCGUUAGGUUUUUUUCUUUUGUUUUGGUUUUUUUUUUUUUGUUUUUUGUUUUUUGUUUUUUUUUCCAGCGAGCUACACGGGACCAAAAAGAAAAAAGGAAGAAAAAAAAAUAGCUGAUUUUUGUUGGAAAAACGGAAUUUUCGCUUCUUCACCGAGGAGAAAAACACCAAAGAUGUUGUCGGAGAUCAGUGACUGGUUCUGGCAGGAGCGGCUGUGGUUCCCGGAGGGCCUGGGCUGGGCUGAUCUGGAGGAUCGGGAUGGACGAGUAUACGCCAAGGCCCGGGACUUGUGGGUGGCGCUGCCCAUCGCCCUCGUAUUCCUCAUUAUCCGUCAGAUCUUUGAAAGGAUUGUGGCCACGCCUCUGGCCUCGCUGCUCGGGGUUAAAGACACAGUGCGGCUCAAGGCCCCACACAACCCCACACUGGAGUCCUACUACUGUAACAUUACCAAAACCCCCAACCAGUCUUCAGUAGCAAGCCUUUGCAAGAAGACUGGCUACUCAGAAAGACAAGUGCAACGAUGGUUCAGAAGACGAAGGAACCAGGACAGACCAAGUUUGCUCAAAAAAUUUCGAGAGGCCAGUUGGAGAUUUACCUUUUACCUUCUUGCUUUCAUUGCUGGCCUGGCCGCCCUCAUCGAUAAACCUUGGCUGUAUGACCUGAAGGAGAUGUGGCAAGGCUUUCCUGUGCUGACUCUCCUGCCGUCCCAAUAUUGGUACUAUAUGAUUGAACUGGGUUUCUAUGGCUCUCUACUCUUCAGCGUGGCCUCUGAUGUCAAACGCAAAGACUUUAAAGAGCAGAUCGUUCACCAUGUAGCAACAAUCCUCCUCAUCAGCUUCUCGUGGUGCGUUAACUACAUUCGUUGUGGAACUCUCAUCAUGCUGGUGCACGACUCCUCUGAUUACCUCCUCGAGUCUGCAAAGAUGUUCAACUAUGCUGGGUGGCGAAAUGCCUGUAACUACAUCUUCAUUGUAUUUGCUGCAGUCUUCAUUGUCACCCGCCUUGUUAUCUUCCCCUUCUGGAUUAUUUACUGUACGUGGGUGUACCCAGUGACCAUCUAUGAGCCAUUUUUCGGCUACUACUUUUUCAACGGACUGCUGAUGACUCUUCAGUGUCUACAUAUCUUCUGGGCUGUUCUCAUUAUACGCAUAGCAAUCCGCUUCCUCAGCAACAACGAAAAAGUGGAUGAUGACAGGAGCGACAAAGAUGAAACAGACGAAUCAGAAGAGGAGGAAGAAGAGGAGGCAGGAGUGAAAAAGCAUAUGAAGAAAAAUGGACCAGUGCAGAAUGGUCACGCAGUCCACAACAACAACCACAGCAAGAGGAAGUGAAAUAAAGUGACGGGAUGGAAGAAUGUUAGAAGGACUUGUAUCCCUCAGUAGGGGAGCAGCAGGGAGGGAAAGGAGAGAAAAA